ACCGCACCUACGCAUGCGUAAUAGUUACGGCAGGUAGAUCUUAUUUCCUAAUUCCUUACCUUUGUGUUUUGUGUCUCUUGAGUAGCAGAAAUUCUAAAGCUAUUUCGCUCUAUCUCCAAUAUUUUAAGGCAUUCUAGUUACCUCGGAUCUGAUAUGAGUAGUUCAGAGGAAGUCUCUUGGAUUUCCUGGUUUUGUGGAUUGCGAGGAAAUGAGUUCUUUUGCGAAGUUGAUGAAGAUUAUAUUCAAGACAAAUUCAACUUAACAGGUCUCAAUGAACAAGUCCCUCAUUAUAGACAGGCUCUGGAUAUGAUAUUAGACCUCGAGCCAGAUGAUGAACUUGAAGAUAAUCCAAACCAAAGUGAUUUGAUUGAGCAAGCUGCUGAGAUGCUGUAUGGUUUGAUCCAUGCACGCUACAUAAUGACAAAUAGGGGCAUAGCUCAAAUGAUUGAAAAAUGGCAGCAAGGUGACUUUGGUUACUGUCCUCGGGUUUAUUGUGAGAACCAACCCAUGCUACCUAUUGGUCUCACUGAUGUACCUGGUGAAGCAAUGGUGAAGCUGUACUGUCCAAAAUGCCAAGAUGUUUACACACCUAAGUCUUCUCGUCAUCACCACACGGAUGGAGCAUAUUUUGGCUCUGGUUUCCCACACAUGUUGUUCAUGGUCCAUCCAGAAUACAGACCUAAGCGUCCUGCAAACCAGUUUAUUCCAAGAUUAUAUGGUUUCAAGAUUCACCCAUUAGCAUAUCAACUCCAGUAUCAGGCUGCUGCCAAUUUCAAAAUGCCCAUUAGGGGAAUGGGACACAGUAAUAGCAAAAGGUAGGCUACUGUGUCAACCACAAGUGCCGACUCUGAGCAGACCAGCUGUCAGUUCCUGUAAAAAAAGAAAAAAAAAAAUUGUAUCUUUGUUACUGACAAAAACUCUUCCUGUCUCUUUUAUUUUUUUUUUCUCCCCCUUUUUUUUUAUAUAUAUAGCAAUCAGUUCUGAAAUGUCAUCUAGCUGCAACCAUUUGUAGUUAACCUGCUGUUACUAUGGAAAUUCCAGCUGGUUUUUUUUCUGUAAUCUGCACGUGGAAGUGUUUCAAAAGAUGGACAAACAACUACUUUGGAAGUGGAAGGAAAAGCAAAUACCAUUCUGAUACCUAUAGUAAUUAUUCUGGAGACUGUUUUCUCAUGUUUCUCUGGUUUUCUGACUGAAAUCAUAAACUGUAUUAAAUUGUUUUGAUAUUUUUUGCAUCUCUCCUUAAUGCUUAAGACAAUUAUUAGCAUUGAAAAUGAAGAAAUCAGACGGAGAAUGGAAAUGACAAAUAUUACAUUGGUGUGUGUGUCUGUGAUAUACACGCUAUUUUAAUAGCUACAAUCAGCGUUAUUAUCCACCAUCACUGAGUCAUUGGUGAUCUGUACAGCUUGUACAGAACAACUGCUGGGUCUAUCAAGUGCUGAGCAAAUCUUAACCCUUCCAUAGUGUUUGUUAAUCACCUGAUCUUGACUCUGUAUACUGUGAAUAUAUGCAACAUUUACUUUAUACAAUUUCUCCCUAAGUAAUAGAAAAAUUUUAUUUUUAAUUUAAAUUUUAUUUCACUGACUGACUUCAUCUGGUUUCUGUUUUAGAUAAAGGGGUGGGGGGUUUUUUUUUGUCUUUUUUUCUCUCUUCUCACUGGCCCUUUCAUCAUUACUACCUCCAUCCCCCUCAUCAUCAAAUGUAAACACACCCAAAUGACUUAAUACAUACAAUAUAAAGCAAACUAAAUUUUUCUUUCUAACUUAUUUUUCCCAUCAAAACUAAUAACAAUGGAUGUUAGACCACAAGGAGAUCUAACUCAAUUACAGUUUUAUAUAAAUGAAUAUAUAUAGAUAUGAAAUUCACGUCUUCUCUUUCCUCCAAAUUAAUUUCACUCACGUUUUCCUUGUUAGAAAGCUUGCGGUGACUGUAUAUUUAUGCAUCAAUAAAAUCAACUCUUCUAUCUUUUAACACA